AUGCUCGAAGACGGUGUGAAACCGGACGUAUCCAAUUAUUUUGUUGUUAUCUCGCUGCUGGGCAAGAAAGGCCUAGUCGCCAAGGCGUUUCAGCUGUUCGAACAGAUGCAGCAAUUACGAAUUCACCCAUCAAAGCACAUCUUCUCAUCGUUGUUAAACGCGUGCGCCAAUGCGCCGUUCGAAGACAUGCUGGACGCGUUGGAAAAGGCGGAAAAUUUGUUUCAGCAAAUGCGGGUUUUGUGUCCCCUUCCGUUGGACCGACCACUGUACAACGUGAUGAUGAAAGUUUAUGCGAGGCAUUGCCAAUUAGAGUCGGUCUUUCGAACUGCGGAUAUAAUGAUAUCGGAUGGUCUGAAACCGAAUAAUAGCACUUUUCUGCAUAUUUUGCAGGCGUGCCUUGCCGAAAAGGAGACUGGUUAUUUGCUGGCUUUAAAGGUAUGGAAAGCGAUGCGACAGCUUGGUAUCGUUCCGGAUACACUUUUGUACAACCAAUUACUGCUUAUAUGUCGAACCUGCGGUCUUGAUCCAGCAGUCAAUGCUUGGCUGAAGGAAGCUCUUUCGUCCGGUGCGACAACCGCACCGUCAGAUAGUCAACCGUAUGAAAACGAAAUAUGCAGCUCUGCUGAAGAGGCGGUUUCGACCGAUCGCUCCCGCUCCAAUGAUCUGCAAGUCUUGCCUUUGGAGAUCAAACCUCAGUCCACUACUGAGAGGGGCUUCCCAAACGUGCUGUCGACGAUGGAACGUGACGGCGCCAAGCCAAACAUGAAAACUCUCAGUCUUGGUUUGGACUUGAUGAGAAACGUUGCUGAAUCAGAUUCGUUUAUCCUUGAUACGCUGCGCGAAUACCGUGUCACCGCUGACGUCAUAUUUUACAACGACCUUAUUUUGAGGAGGUGUAAGAGGGGGGAUUUCGUCAGUGCGCUGGAGCUGCUCAACAAAAUGCGAGAUCAAGGCCUCCAGUGUAACGAGAACACGUUCUACUGUUUAGCGCAUGGAUGCCGCAGGCGCGAGCGCGGGUUGGUCCUAUUUAGGGAUUCUCAGGCAUUAGGGAUCACACUUUCUGAGAAAACCCUUGGUUUACUGAUGCGUAACGCUCUUUCCGGUCUCGACUUUCGUUACGCAUUGGACGUGCUGCACAUGGUCACUUCUCAGAAACUGCAGAUCAGCUGUUCAUUUCUGCAAGCCAUAGAUGAUCAGAUGGAUCACGUGAAGCAGCUACAGCUGCACGCCAAAAACGGCGACGACUGUUGGACAGAUGAGAAACUACUAGAUAUAGUUCGUUUCCGGCAGUGUCUAAAGAAAGUCAGGCGUUUCACAGGUGAGAAGCGAAUGUCUUACGACUGGAAUGUGAAUACCGAUGACCUGAGAGACGACUGGGAAAAGCCUUGGGCGAAGAAGCCACAAUUUUACACCGCAACGCAAGCGUCGCAUGAGAGAUAG